AAUAAACUGAACCAUGUGAUGUGAGUUUAUCAACUAAAGUCAGGUAGGUAGGUUCUACGGAUUCAAAGGUAACGUUUAUGUCUCGGGCAAAAUUUGCAACUCCCGGUCUGUUAGGCAGUAGUACAGUGCGAUUUUGUUCAAAUACCGCGACCAUGCACAGUGACUUUCCGUCAUACGUGCAGCCUUGCGAUCUUCGAAAUUUAAUCAGCCUUCUGGAGCACAGCUCUUGCGACGAAGGCACACAGCAAGUUGGUUGUGUUCCUCGGGACUCCUGUCUCCAAACAUGAAUCAAAUCCGCGCCAUCCAGGCGCUCAACAAGCGCGAAAUUGAAAAUGGAGUGCCCCCGGAAGCCUCAUGGCACGUUGACUACCGAGAUACGGCCUACGUCUACUUUGGCGGCCUGCCGUACGAGCUUACCGAGGGCGAUGUCAUCACCACCUUUUCGCAGUUUGGCGAGCCCGUCUUCCUCAAGCUCGUCCGCGACCCGGAGACGGGCAAGUCCAAGGGCUUCGGCUGGCUAAAGUACGAGGACCAGCGCAGUACCGACCUUGCAGUCGACAACCUGGGCGGCGCGGAGAUCGGCGGGAGGCUGGUCAGGGUUGACCAUGCGCGGUAUAAGAUCCGAGACGAUGAGGAUCCGGAGGAGGGCAAGGUGGGCUGGCAGGAUAUCAUGAGGAGGGAAGGGGCCUUGAGGGAAGAGACCGGGGGUGAUAAGGGUAGUUCUGCGGAGGAGAGUGAAGAGGAAGAAAAGGCCAGACCAAUGUUGAAGGAGGAGAAGGAGCUGCAACUGCUGAUUCAGAAUCAUGACGACGACGACCCCAUGAAGGCCUUCUUAGUGGAGGAGAAGAAGCAGGAAGUUGAGGAAGCAUUGCGGGCGGGGAAGAAGAGAUCUGAGAGACAUAGUAGGAAGCAUAGGGACAGACGCCACCGCUCCCAUCGGUCACGGCGAGACGAUGACGACGACGGCGAUAGGGGAAAGGACGAACACAGCGAUUCCGGGAGGACACGAAAGUCUCGGCGGGAUGAAACACCCGUCGAGAGUAGCCGAAGGGACGAAUACGGCUUAGAUGAGGGUCGACGGCGACACCGCCGGAGCUCCCGCGAGAGAGGCAGUCGUCGGGAUCAUGACCGAGAUCGGGACAGAGACGACAGAAAUCGCCGAGAUCGACGGGACCAUGACCAUGACAGAAAACAGGUCAGGGAAGGACGCCAGAGGAGACAUGGCCGAGAGGACUCGGGUGACCCAUACCGCGGAGACUCGAGGAGUAGCAGGAGCAGGUCCCCACGGAAGAGUUAGGCAACACCACGUAGUCGGCAGAGCACGAAAUUAAUGCCGUGUUGCGAUAUCAUGCCAUUGUGAAAUCUAUCCCCCUUAUUGAAGCCCGAUUGCCCAACCUUGCGCGCCUGUUCUGUGGUAUCUGUACAUACAAUUCAUGACAAAGAAAUCCAAUGCACGACCAAUUCCGAAC